CUGGUCCUCCUCUGCUUGGCUGUGGGGUUGGAGGCCAGUCCGGAGCUCUCCGGGUACCUGCGCAAGGUGCUGAGAAACCACACCACCCACACCUGUGACGGGGAGCAGCUCCUCAUCAUCUGCCCUCGCAAGACCACCAUCAGCAUCCUCGGCGCCUUCUACGGGCGUCGCGUACCCAGCCCCAACCUCUGCCCCAGCCCUGGCAACGCCUCCCAGGAGAGCACCGACUGCACGUCCACCACCGCCCACCUGAAGCUGCUGGCUGAGUGUCAGGACCAGCAGUGGUGCCAGUUCUCAGUGCACAGCCAAGUCUUUGGGCCAGACCCGUGCCCUGGGACACACAAGUACCUCAUCGCUUCCUACAAGUGCCGGCCAGGGAACCAUCGGGUCAAGACUGUGUGCGAGGACGACAAGCUGAGGCUGCAAUGCCGACCAAAAUCUAUCCUGGCCAUUUAUUCUGCAAAUUACGGACGAUUCCUGCGGGGAAAACCGGAGUGCGAUGCCCUGAACACUGGGGGACCUCAUAUAGAGUGCUUGGCUCCAGACGCCCUGCGGAGGGUCUCCAAGAAGUGCCACCGCAAAGGGAACUGCACCGUGGCUGCUGAUCGGGCCACCUUCGGGGACCCGUGCCUCCCCGGCACAAAGAAACAGCUGCGAGUCUCCUAUACCUGCGUGCCCAAGCAGCUGCUGGAGGAGGUGGGCCCUGACACCUCAGACCCCUUCCUGCUCUCGGACUACAUGCACGGUGGCUGGUACAAAGGGCCCAGGUUCUCCAGGCUCCGGGAAGACCGGAUGAUUUUUACUAGCUCUCUGGCAGCUUUUGCCCAUCUUUGGGGUGUCCCAGAGAAAGUUGGCCUCUACUUUCUUUGCGGGGUCUCGGGAGGCCUCAUGCUCCUGCUGUGCAUCAUCAGCCCGAAAACGACGUUCCUCCAGGAGGUGGGGGAGGCUCUCAAAGACCCGGAGCUGGGGAGCGGCUCGGAGCUGAGCAGGACCAAGCUGCAGGACGAGCAGGACGAAGACCUUCCAGAUGACAGCUCCUCAGACUCCUCCUUCCGCCGCCUCACCCGCACCUACCGAGCCACCGACAGCAUCUUUGGCCCUGAGCUGACAGCAGCCAUGGAGGGAGUGGUGGAGCACCAGGGCCACAGCAGGGAGGAGAUCUGGAUGCCCAAGGAGUCAAGCCCGUAUGCCAUCCACAAGAUCAAAUCAGCCACCAAAUAA